UACAUUAUAAGCUCCCUAAAAAUUGGUUUUGUUAUUCAUUUUAUUACAGUCCAUUGGACACACUUAAAAAAAUAAUAUUGCCUGUUUUGUUUUUCUUUUUUUCUGGGAGAAAACGCAAGUGAUAUUUUCGUAUCAGAAAAGUUUGACUCGAGUCUUUCUCGUCUACCUACUUCACAGCUACUUAAAAUAUGUGUAAGAAGAAACUAGCUGUGCUGUGGAGGCUUUCUGAUUUCUGUAGGAUAGCUGUGUGGAAUAAUAACACUAAGUAAUGUGGAAAGUAUCGGACUACCAUUAAGCAGGCAAACCAACGACCGGACUGAACGCUUCCUUGUAGGUAAUAAUCAGAUCAGAGCACCUAUGCUUGCUGGUCCACGGAGAAGCGGGUCUGCAAUGGAAAGAAUUAAGAACAGGAGCGUCAGAAGACCGCUUGUUGUUCAAAUUCGACUUUAAUUUGCGUUACCUUGGACUACAUGCCUAUAUCUAUAUAUAAGAAACACCUUCAAAUACAAUUGAAAAGAGCAGUCAAGGAAUGAUGCAUACACACUUCCAACUAUAACGCAGUAUUUUUUUUUUUUAAGGAGCUCACAUUGGAUAUAUAAAUACAUUACCCUUUCUGACAUUUAUGUGGAAAUUGUUUCAAUGGACAUGUCAGAGAGUGCUUCUUAGUCGAUCGACAAUUUCUUAAAGAUUGAUCAUGGUCGCCGGGGUCCGUGCUCUGAUGGUGCUUCUGCUCUGCCAGGUACUGGUCGGAGGUUCUGCCGGGCUCAUUCCGGACGUCGGCCGAAGGAAAUUCAGCGAGUCGGGUCGACAAAGCCCGCAACAAUCUGAGGACAUUUUAAAUGAGUUUGAACUUCGGCUGCUCAAUAUGUUUGGGUUGAAGCGGAGACCAAAUCCGAGCAAGAACGCAGUGAUCCCGCAAUACAUGUUGGACCUUUAUCGUAUGCAUUUGGGGGAUGGGGAGGAAAGCCCCUAUCGUCCCGGAUCGGCCUUGAGCCAGUACCCAGAUAGGUCUGCCAGCCGUGCAAACACAGUUAGGAGUUUUCACCAUGAAGAGCCCUUGGAGGAGCUGUCUGGCAAAAGUGAGAAAACUUCACAGCUAUUCUUCUUUAAUCUUACAUCCAUUCCAGGGGAGGAGCUUAUCGUGUCUGCAGAACUUAGGAUUUUUCGGAAUCAGGUCCAGGAUGCCAUUGCAAACAGCAGUGGCUAUCAUCGCAUUAACAUUUAUGAAGUUAUAAAACCAGCAUCUUCCUCAAAGGAGCCUAUAACAAGACUUCUAGAUACUAGACUGGUGCAACACAGUCAGAGCAAAUGGGAGAGCUUUGAUGUGAGUCCAGCAGUCAUGAGGUGGAUCACGCACGGGCAUGCCAACCAUGGGUUUAUGGUGGAGGUUGUCCACUUAGACAAUCAGGGGAGAGACUCAAAAAAGCAUGUACGGAUCAGCAGAUCUUUGCAUGAUGACGAAGAAAGUUGGCCUCAAGUGAGGCCCUUAUUGCUGACUUUUAGCCAUGAUGGUAAAGGACAUGUUCUUCAUAAAAGGGAGAAACGGCAAGGGAAGCCAAAGCAAAAAAAGAGGCUUAAAGCCAGCUGUAGGAGGCACCCUUUAUAUGUGGACUUCAGUGACGUUGGGUGGAAUGACUGGAUAGUUGCCCCACCAGGGUACCAUGCCUUUUACUGCCAAGGAGAGUGUCCAUUUCCAUUAGCAGAUCACUUAAAUUCAACAAAUCACGCCAUUGUGCAGACUUUGGUCAACUCAGUAAAUUCAAAUAUCCCCAAGGCCUGCUGCGUGCCAACAGAACUCAGCGCAAUUUCUAUGCUCUAUCUUGAUGAAUAUGAAAAAGUUGUAUUAAAGAACUAUCAGGAUAUGGUUGUGGAGGGCUGUGGCUGUCAUUGAACAGCAAUCUUGUCGACAUUUAAAUAUUUCCCAGUGAACACUUUAUUUAUACAGUAUAUAUUAAAAAAAAAAAAAAAAAAAA